GCAACGCACAGCAAUAGAAUAGAGAGAGAGAGAGAGGGGAAUAAAACCCGAAAUAUACUCUUUUCACGGAUAUUCCAACAAUACCCUCCGAAUAUUCCCUCCCUCUAACCGUUAUAUCACCCACACCUCUCUCGCCCAUUUCCUCCUCUCUUCUUCUUCCCAUUCUCACACCACAUUCUCUUUUCUUUUUCUCACAUACCAAAAACAUACUUUUUUUUUUUAUAAAAAAAUUAUUUGUACCGUUUCUGUUUCUUCGGUAACGGAAAGCCAUGAAAUUCGGAAAGAGCCUCAGCUGCCAGAUCGAGAAAACCCUACCUGAAUGGCGCGACAAGUUCCUCUCCUACAAGGAACUCAAGAAGAAACUCAAACACUUCGACCCUCCCGCCGCCGAUGACCGUCCCGCCAAACGUCUCAAGCUCGAUGCCGCCAACGGCGAUUCCUUCCCCGACUCCGGUGACAUGUCCAAGGACGAGACCGACUUCAGGAACUUGUUGGAGAAUGAACUCGAAAAAUUCAACAACUUCUUCGUCGAGAAGGAGGAAGAGUACAUUAUCAGACUCAAGGAGUUACAAGAUAGGGUGGCCAAAGUGAAGGAUUCUAGUGAAGAGAUGAUGAAAAUCCGCAAGGAGAUUGUGGAUUUCCACGGAGAGAUGGUCUUGCUGGAAAACUACAGUGCCCUUAACUACACAGGUACUUUCAACUUCAUCGAUAUUACAUUGAUUUGUUAUUCUUUAUUGAUAUUGAAAUAUAUCAAAAUUUUUAUUCUUUACAUUUUAAAACUUGGCCCAAGUCCGUUUUAGAAUUGUAGCACUUCUAAAUACAAUGGAAAAGUCAAGUAUUAAUAUGGAAUAGGAUUCGUUUCCAAUACAAAUUGUCCAUUGUUCCUGAAAAUUCUACUGGACAAGUUGGUAGGACAAAAGCAUAUGCUUUUUCUUGGAAUAAAGAAUCUGCUUUGAACAUGUUCAUUUUCCGAAAUAGAACAUCUAGCCCCUUUGAUACCUCUAUAAUGGCUUCUUAUUCUUCUAUCUACUCGGCAAGCAAGCCAAUUCAAUAAUAGUCUGUCGUCAAUGUUCGAAUUAAAUAUGAUGCCAAUCUUUGUAAAUAUUCCAGUUUCAAUGUAUACAAAAUCAAAGGUCACAUCAUCUUAAAGCUUACAUAAUCAAACAGAGGGUUUUCUCUUUGUUUACUUGCAAUUCUAAAGUGAUUCUGGUUUGAAAAAGCUACAAAAGCGCAUGGUGUAAAAAUAAAUAAUAUGUGGUUGUGCUGUGAUUAUUGUUUCUUUACUCUGCCACUUUUUGCCGGAAACCACCAAAUCAAGUUUAGCUUCUAUGAUCAGCCUUAAGUUAGUUAUUCUGAUCAUAAAUUGAAGAUUGUUAAUUGUAUUACAUACAAUUUUUCUUUUUUCAAAUCAACCGUUCUGGGUGUCUAAGUAUUACCUCAAUUUUCUUUCCACAGGGCUAGUGAAAAUACUGAAGAAGUAUGACAAGAGAACUGGUGCUCUCAUUCGCUUGCCCUUCAUUCAGAAGGUCUUGCAACAGCCUUUCUUUAUCACUGACCUGCUCUACAAGCUUGUAAAGGAGUGUGAAACAAUGCUGGACCGCCUCUUCCCAGUGAAUGAUCCUCCAGUUUCUGGUGAGACUAGUCCCCAGGCUGAAGGUUGUGAUCCUUCUACUUCAACCACUACCAACAGUGAUGGUUUGCUGAUUCCUAAGGAAUUAGCCGAGAUUGAGUACAUGGAGAGCCUUUACAUGAAGAGUACCGUAUCAGCUUUGCAUGUUUUGCAGGAAAUUAGAAGUGGAAGCUCAACAGUUAGCAUGUUUUCAUUGCCACCGUUGAAGAUAAGUGAUUCAGAAGAAGCAUGGAAGAAAAUCCCAGUUCUGGAACAAGCUGCCAAGUAACCUGCUGGAUUACGUUGAGAGCAAUGUAGUGGGAUGGCUAUUUUCUUAUUUCUUUUUUCUUUUUAAUCGGAUGCCUCUGUUACGCACGCCUUAGAUACUAACACAGAUGUAAGAUGCUAAAUGUAAAGAUGGGAUUAAUUUAUAGAAUUAUAGGCUCCAUAUAAUAAAACCUCUGGAAUUCACAGAAGUAAUGUUUUGACAUUUUGCUGACGCGGGUAUUCAGUAUGUAAUGUAAUUAUAUACUCCGUCUCUGCUUCAUACUACAAUGCUAUUGGAUGCUUUUGGAGAUCACGUUUAUAAAUAUCCCGUUCCCCCCUUCCAGUGUUACUAUUUGGCAAUAAUUGAGCAAAUGGCAAGCUGCAAUCAGAAGUUGGCGUUAUAGAAAAGUUCAAUGGUGGAGUGGUAGGAUUAAUGGUUAAGUUCACAGGUUAGUGUAUGCUGAAAAAGACCCUGCCAGCAUUAACCAUUUGUUUUCAUGAUAUCUUGAAAUGUAUGUUAAUAUCUAUGGUGGGAAAAAUGUGUAAGUUUAAAAGCUUCACAAUUUGUAGCAAAUCUUGUUAGUUUCAGUUAUCAAAUCAGUUUGGUCUAGAGACAGAGGAGGCAAGGAGUAAGAUCAUCUUCUCCUGAACGGAGUCACAGGCAGAAAGAUCACUUUUACACACAUAUUCUUGGUCGAUAGAACAUAUUAGGAAGGAGAAACUUCCAAUGUUAGUGUCUAGUUUGGGUCAUAAAACGGAAAACUUCCAAUUGUGAAAUUUUUAUUUGACUAUUACAAUGUGGCAUAAGUAGUUUAACUUUCAUGUUAUGCUCCAAGGUUCAGGUCUUAGAGAAAGGAAGACAAAUUUGAAAACGCAAAACACAAAUUAUGGUUAUGCGAACUUUUGAUAUUUUUAAUGGAUCUUUGUUGCUUGUGGUAUUAAACAAAACAUUCGAUUUUAGUAUUACCUUUCACCAUCCCUACACUUUGUAAUCUGAGUCUAGUUAAUGCAAUAGUUUUUUUGUCCAACUCCAAACAUCAAACUGACACUAAUACUAAAUUUGCUUUAGCUGCUCUUGAAUGCGGUUUAGACUUGUAAAAUAACUUAAUUCAGCUACUUUCACGGGAAAUAAUCCCAUAAUUGAGCUGCUAUGAGCGGCAAUAUAUCAUGAUGAUUUCGUUCUCUGCCUCAGGUGGACUGUACUUACCAAUGCUUUCUUGAAGCGUAAACUUAAUUUCUAUGUACCCUGCACGACACAAAAUAACAAACUAUUUCAUAUUUAAUUAGGUUCGGUUCAAAAGAUAAUAACCAAGCCCAAAAUUCCUAUUCUAGUUCUAUCUCAAAACCCCAAAGGCAAGCAAAAUGUAUCACAAACACGCAAAAAAAAAAUAAAAUGAAAGUUAAGCAUUGACUUAGCCAUGAUUAUUGAGUCAAUAAAACACUGGAAAUUUGGUAUCCUAUUAAUUCAAUAGGUCGCCGUUUACUUGCUCAGAUGAAAUAAUACAUUAAAUUGGCUACCCAUGUCAUCCUUAAAGCAUGUAUCCCUAUUAUUCAAUUAGUUUUUUCUCAAUUGUUCUUGUGCUUUAUCAGUUCCCACGCUAAAAAACAGAGGACUCAUAGAGCCAACUACAUUCAGACAGAAGCAGUUUCUGACUUGUGGUUUAUGCAGAUAUAAAAUUUACCUAUCUUGAUGUUUUUUACAUGUUGGACAUUUACCAGUCAACACGGCAUGUGGACCACUAGUUAUUUACGUAACUCAUUCGUGGAAAUUCAGGAUCCAGAGUGGCAUUGCAACGCAUGAGUGGUGGUUUCUUCUGUGGAAGACUUGUAGCAAUUCAUGACAGCUAGUCAACUCUUGAAAUGGAGAAUUAUUAAACGGUCCCAACGCUAAGUGACUUGAUGAGCAAUAGUAGUUUCUUUGAGAAACCAGAAAAGUAGUAUGGCUUCCAAACCUGCUAUGUUCUCACUGUUCUUCUUCUUCAUCAUGUUAUUUGCAAAAGAAGGCUCAACUGAAAGCAAAAUUGAGCUGGGGUCUAGGCUCUCUCCUGAAGGCAGCCAUAACACUUCAUGGGCAUCAAGUUCUGGCCAUUUUGCUUUUGGCUUUUACCCACAAGGCAACGGUUUUGCUGUUGGAAUAUGGCUAGUUAGCACACCCGAGAGUGAAGACAUUAUUGUGUGGACUGCCAACCGUGAUAGCCCCACAAUCUCCAAAAAUUCUACGUUGCUUUUGACAAAUACUGGCUGGCGGUUUUUACAGAGUGGGAAAGAAGGACAAUAUCUCAUUUCAGACUUUACAUUAGUAGCUUCGGCAUCUAUGCUUGAUUCUGGCAACUUUGUGCUCUAUGGUGACAACCAUACUAUUAUUUGGCAGAGCUUUGAUCACCCAACAGACACCAUAUUAGGAGGUCAGAAUUUAACUGAAAAUGCUGAACUGGUCUCUAGUAUCUCCAAUUCAGACCAUUCCAGUGGACGUUUCUUUCUCGGCAUGCAAAGAGAUGGAAACCUAGUUGCUUACCCUCUGAACAGCCAAGCAAAUGCCUAUGAUGCUUAUUGGGCUUCAAAUACUUAUGAUGGGGCUGCCAAUCUCGCGCUUAACAUCUCGGGCUCUCUGUGCCUCAAUUAUUAUACUUCCGUCCGCACUCCAGUUCACUGUUUAAGGAACAGCACCAACACUGAAAAUUCAAUCUACCGUGCAACACUUGAUGUAGAUGGGAACUUUAGAUUGUAUGAGCACCAAUUUGAGGACAAUGGUAGCUCACAUGUUCAAGUACUGUGGAACACCACUGUUGAUAAAUGUCGUAUCAGGGGGUUUUGUGGCUUCAACAGUUAUUGCUCAAACGUAGCAGGCGAUGCUGUGUGUGAGUGUUUUCCUGGUUUUGUUCCCUCCAAAAGCAGCGGUAACGUAUCUAUAAACUGCAUACCAGCUUUCGAUAGCAAAGAUGAUUGCAAAGACAGUGGAGACCCAACGAUUUUGUAUGUGACUCGCUUGGAGAACAUAUAUUGGGAUGAUACUCCAUAUUCGGUUAUACCAAUGAACAAGGAAGCAUGUGAGAAGUCUUUAAUGGAAGAUUGUGAUUGCAAGGCGGCAUUAUAUACUGAUGGAAACUGCAAAAAGUAUAGGCUUCCGCUUAUUUAUGGAAGUAAACUUCCAGAUGUCGCAAACGUGGCACUCUUCAAGAUGCAUUCAGCAAAUGCAAUUAGUCAAACUCCAAACAACACCGACAUGUCCUCAAGGAAGCCUAAGGUCGUUGUGGAUAACAAGAGAAGUAUCAUAACGAUUUUGGCCUUUACUUUGGGUUUCAUUUCAUUGUUAUCUUUGGUCUUUGCAUUGUCCGUUUUCUUCACUUAUAGGCGCCAAGUUUAUAGAUAUACAAGGUUGUUGUCUUCAUGCGAGGAUUUGGGAUUUACUGAAGAAUGUUCUUUGCGAUCAUUUUCCUUUGAUGAACUUGAGAGAUCAACUCGAGGCUUCACGGAAGAGAUAGGUAGAGGAUCAUAUGGAGCAGUUUAUAGAGGUACAAUCGGUGAUAGUAACAGAAGCAUUGCUGUGAAGAGACUGGAGAGAAUUGCUGAUGAAGGGGAGAGGGGAUUCCGAGCUGAAAUCACUGCCAUUGCUCGAACACAUCAUAGGAAUUUGGUUAAGCUCAUUGGUUUUUGCAUUGAAGGAUCAAGGAAGCUUCUUGUUUAUGAAUAUGUCAGCAAUGGGUCCCUUGCAAAUCUUCUGUUCAAAGGAGAGAAGCGUUUAUCAUGGGGAGAGAGACUAAAAAUUGCAUUGGAUGUGGCUAGAGGAGUACUAUAUCUACAUGAGGAGUGUGAUGUUGGUAUUAUCCAUUGGAAUAUAAAGCCUAGAAAUAUACUUAUGGAUGAAGCAUGGGUGGCAAAGAUAUCUGAUUUUGGAUUGGCAAGGCUAUUAAAGCCAGAAUAUUCAAGAAUGAAUAAAGAGGAUGAUGGGAUGAGCAAGUAUUUGGCACCUGAAUGGAAGAAGGACGCAGCAGUAUCAGUAAAAUGGGAUAUUUACAGUUAUGGCAUGGUACUAUUGGAGAUUGUGUGCCGCAGAAGCAGCAUAGAUAUAGAUGUUUCCUCAGCUGAGGAGAUACUUCUUUCUAGCUGGGUAUAUCAAUGCUUUGAAUCAGGGAAGUUAAAUAAGCUUGUUAAAGAUGAUGGAGGUGAAGUUGUAGAGUGGAAGUUAUUGGAAAGAAUGGUGAAGGUGGGACUGUGGUGUGUGCAAGAUGACCCAUUUCUUCGUCCUUCAAUCAAGAAUCUCAUCUUGAUGUUAGAAGGAUUGAAAGAUAUUCCAAAUCCUCCCUGUCCAGCUCACUUGGCUAAUAAUCGUAGAUGUAUAGUAUAAUUUUUGUUUGUAUGCAUCUUUAGUUUCAUCAUUAUCUUGAAUUAUUGUGGUUCAUUUUCAUCCAAGGGUAGCUUGUGUGCUUGCCACCAUGGGUGUUGUAAUAAAAGACUAUAUUUUCAUGAUAUGAGUAUUUUGAGUGU